CGCCGCCGCCGCCGCCCUGAGGCCUCGCUCCUCGGCGCCUCGCCGUCGCCGUCGCCGUCGCCGUCGCCGUCGGCCACCCCCGCGACGCACCGGCCAGCCGGUCUCUGCCUCCAGAUUCCACAUCAGAGCGCUGCAGGCGGGCCUUGGUGCUAUUUUCUCCCAAUGUCAGCAAUCACUAUGCAGUUCCCAUUGCCACAACCUGUAGUUGCGUCUGCUGCGAUCGUACUAUCCACAGAAAAAUGUAAUAAAUUGGCCAUGCCAUGUCCACAAAUUCUGAGGAACAAAGUCAACUCCCUAUCAUUUUCUGGGAAAGUGUCAACUAAACCAACAAUGCAUAGUUUCAGAUGCCAUGCGACUCAAACCCAAAGCGCGCAGCGGAAAUCUGCUACUGCAACCAUCCAACGGUCUGAGCCCAAAGGGAAGCUUAAAGGACCUAAACUCGAUGAUGGCAGCGGAGGGUUUCCGCCAUUCCGUUUUGGGAAAGGCGGUGGAGGUGGCGGCGGCGGCGGCGGGGGCAGUAACUAUCUCGGCGGGUUCCUCCUGUUCACCUGCGUUUUGCUCAUGGAUUACCUGAAGGAAUUCGAGAAGAACUUGCUUCUGCAAAGGCAUCGUAUGGGAGACGAAGCCACCGUUGCUGGCCUUUCAUAGUUUUUGUUAUCAGCAAAUUGGCUGACCGUUACUACAUAUCAUACUUUGAGAUUAACCUAAUCCAUACAUUUUGGAUUGAUGUACCAGCAAUACAGCCAAAUAUGUUUUUUUU